CACAUCUUUUGUGCAUUGCAUUUGAGCCUUACGACAUCAAAAGUCGAUGUGAUCUUUGCGUGUGGUUUCCUUUGUAAUCUUGGAAAUCGAAUGCCUAACGGCUGCAAGAGUGGACGUUGAUUGCGGCCGACCUGCAGCAGUCUAAUCCUCUACGGUCUACCUUACCCGACAGAACCUAACGGCCCGCUUUACGCCCGAACUAUUGCGACCAAGAUUUUAAUAGCGACCUAACGUACAGUACGAAGUACACUCCAGAUCGGAUAUCCAUUUAUGCUCAAUUGAGCCUGGGACCCCAACCCGCUUCGCUCACCGUUCUUCCAAUCCGCUCCACUUCUUGUGCAGCUCAUCCCCUCAGAUCCCUCCUGUUCCUCCCACCACAAAUUACACUGCCCUCGCUAUACACACCAUCUACUUUUGACCGGAAAAAUUCGAUUAAAACCAUUCCCCAUCAUUUACAUCCGGACGGAAUUACCUCUCCGCGGUGUCGCGACGAGAGGAAUCCAGGGACCGAUAAAUUUUACCGAGAUCAGCGGCGAGCGAACAACCGAGACGGGAACGAUAAGAAACAAAUAACGUCGAAAACUUUUCACUCGGCCAACAAACGCUCAUUACUCAGCUGUCAAUCACUCCACCACGCAACACCUCAGAGAAAGAGAUGCUACCAGGCCUCGGGCGUCAUUGUCGUUGACUAUGAAUCUCCACAACUGAACUCGUUCAAACUGUUGUUGUCGCUGUAAACAAUCCGACUAAAGCAGCGACUGGAUUGUACCACCUUUUUUUUUCUCUGCGUCGCCCCCGUGCGCAUCCAUCGAAAGGAACCACGCGAUGACGGCGUGGACACAACCUGUCGCCAUGGACACCCUUCGAUUGAAGCCACGCCAGCCGAUCGUCGACGAUAUCGAAAACUGGGACGACGACGAUUUCUUAAUAGACGACGAUAUCACCUUCCGUAGCAGCGGGUCUAAUGUAACUGGCCAACUCACCCGACGUGGAUCUCACUCUUCAUUUCGAUCCGAGCGAGAGUCUAUCCAGGGCGAGGAACAAUGCCUGCAACUUCCUGAUGUAGAUGACGAAAAGUCAACAUUAGAUGCGAUUGCUGCUGCUGCAUCAGCCGGAAUUCCACUGCCUAGUAACAUUACUCCUUCGGCAUUGAUGGGGGGUACCAUCAAGAGACUGGGAGGACGAAAAAUAAAGAAAAUCAUUCAAGAGGACUGGGAGGAGGAUUUGGAACUUCCCGAACCCGGACGUACCUUGCGAAUCAAACCGCAAGACGGCUCACGAUUCCCAGAGUCUCUACGCCAAAUUAGCAGCUCCACGACGACCAGCCCCGUAAAGCAGACCAAGCCGACACUGGUCACUCCGGAGCAGAAGGGGCGCCAGUCGAGCGCCGCUUCCAGCAACAUAAACCUCGACAAAUAUAAGGACAACGACGACGACAACGACGACUUUUUUGGUGACGGAGCUGAUACCAUCAAGGUUUCCAAGACCCGCCAGGUUCUCAAACCGGUUUCACUGAUAACACCACCGACGCCGAGCAAGAACGAAGGUGAAGAUGAUUUCGAGGCGGACUUAGAGCUCCCAUCUGACGGCAAGCUCAAGCUGUCCACCCGCAAGGAUAUCCCCAAGACCCCAUCUUUGAACACUCUCGAGGACUUCGACUGGGGUGAGGGUAGCCUUGGAACGAGGUUUGGCGGCACUAGACGGGAUGGUCGUUCGGCUCGGAGCUCGUCUGUUUCUGCGAUGAGCCCCAGCAUCGCGAGCUCUUUGACCGCCGAAAGCGAGGAUGAGGCGAUGGAUGGCUUGGUCUUGCCAGAGGGGCCAGUAGACUUUACUGAGAGGCUUCAGAAGCGACGGCCAAGUCCAUCACCGGAGCGACAACCUAUUCAAUCACCUCAGCUUGUACAGAAACCUCCACCGCUCAAAACCGCCCUAUCAACGCCUACAUCAAGAGCUGAGCCCGAGAAAGAGGAUUUCUUGAGUGGACUGGAUAUUGGAAACGGCGAAGUAUUUGACUCUAGCAAGCUCACACUUCACCGCAACGUCAAGGUCAAGGACACCAGGACAGGCAGCCCGAGUCGCCCAAAGACUGCGGCUUCCAUUACUUUUACCAACAAAUCUAGCGGCACUGUAUCUCGUCUGCCUCGUCCGAUGGGAGGUCAUGAGAGAACACAUACUUCAUCCUCAUUGGAACCUGUCUCGGAGAGCGGAGGCCCAAUACCACAUACCCGCAGGUCACAGUCAAGACUGGGACACUCUUCCCAGUCUUCAGUCACGAGCCUGCCCACUCCCACCACACCCUCAUCUGCUCAUUCAAUGCUACCCGCCACACCUCGGCGGCGAGAGAUAGGACAUAAAACCUCAAACACAUCAUUGCACAAUGAGCCUACAACCACAAACGCCCAACUUUUGCGGCUCAAGCGGUCUCUGCCAGUAAUGAGGGCUCCGAUUUCGCCUGCGCGACCUCCUACACGUGGCGGGUAUGACCGCCCACCAUCCCGCAGUGACACUCAAUCGCGACCCUCCUCGUCUCAUAUGCGACCAAAGACACCCGUGGAGCGUACUCGAGCCGGACAGGAGAGUGCGGCAGCGCAAGCACGAAGGCACCCCGUUCCUUUCUUUGCCGGAGGUGCAUCAAACUCGCAGUCUCAUCACGUGAUGAGCAAAACAUCACGUACCUUUCGUCGUCAUGAGUCCGAUACAGGCAUGGACCUGAGGCCGUCGUCACGUACCGUGUCGAGAUCAACGAUGCGGUCGCCUAGCCCAAGCAAGAGGUCUCGUGUAGAAAGGCUUGCGCAAGAGAGCAUGAUGCCGGUGAAGCCUCGACGUCAAAGACACUUCGGGGACGGUAACGAACUCGAUGGGUUCGACGAUCUCGCAACUUCUGCCCAGGCCGAGGCGAGGUGGAUCAAGCAACCAGCAAGCGGGACCAAGGCUCACUUGAGAAACAAGAUGUAUCAAAACAUCCACCCGGACCGGAACACGCCCUCCCCUGCAUUGUCAAACGCCACUGCCCCCUACUCACCAGCAAGAUCCGAGUACACUCCACGUUUCGCCAGGGACACAGCGGCAAGUAGGAUAGCCCGGGAGACAUCUCUCGCUCAACGAGCGCCAUCAAAUGGGCCCUUGGCGCCCCUUACGACCCAACGCGUUGCCCAGCUCACGACGCGUAAUAACUUCAACAACGCACACUCACAAGCGACGGUUCGCUCAAAGAAGACGCCCAAGAGGCCACCCCAGUUGAAACCUUUCCUGAUUUCUAACCUCACUACAACACGAGAAACAAAGACUGUCAAGGGAAUGGUAUACAACCCUGAGACGUAUCGCUGGGAAGGCAAUGACAAUGCACUUGGGGCCUUUGAUGCCCCCGCAUCUUCGCCCUCUACAGCAUCGAUUCCCAACUUUAUGAGGGAACGAGAGAAUGCCACGCCACGCCCAGCAUUGAUCACACCCAUCGGCGCGACAAAGGGUGUCCAAGUUGUCGGCGGGAUGGUCUUUGACCCCCAAAAUAUGUGUUGGCUCAAAGUAGGAGCACCUGGCACCGCCGGCAGCGAAGCUGACCCAAUGGACGGUUUCAAUGCCCUCGACGAUGAGGAUGAUGUGUUCAAAGAUAUCCCCGAUUUGGAGGACACAUCGGCUAAGGCACACGAUGGCGCAAAUGUCGGUGGUCGCAUGAGCGAUAUCAAGGACGAUUGGAUGGUUGGCGAAGAGUUUGACGUCGGCCCCGAGUUUGUCCGCCGACAACGGGAAGAAGAGGCCAAGUGGAAAAAGAAGUGCGAGCAGUGGCUUAGCCCUCAACCGCGAGAUCGUGAAGCUUGGCGUUGGACUAUCAGAGAGAUCGUCCUCGGUAUCCAACAGUGAAGGAUCUCGGUCUGCCCAUCGCUGCCAAUACACGACAAGAAUGCCUAUACCGCCUCUCUACCGACAUUGAACGACCUCUCAUACAAACUAUACACGCUCAUUACUUUUCCUUUCUACAUACACUCUUGGCUCACUCGAACAGGUGCCUCUUUAUCGCAUAUACCAAUCUAAUCCGCAAGGAGCUCAAAGCAUCUUGUACAACUAGAAACGACAUGACGACACGGACACGACACCAUUCACGUUGUAUCAUUCAGGAUACAAGCAUAUACAGUAUCUUCAUACGGAUUUUUUUUUCUUUUGUUGAGGGGGAGCACGGCAGGCCAUGGCUGGCUCUGAAUCGCACUCUAAAGACCAAGUGGCUUUGUAGGUGGUUUCACUGUUAGCUUGGUGCCUGGUCCCUCAUACUUAUUGCUAUCACAUAUUUGCUAUUUGCAAAUUCUCUUCCUGUUUCCUUUGUCUCUAUUUUCUUUCUUUCCUGUUGCGUUGGUUUAAAACCGAAAACGUACUUUUUUUUUACUGGAUGAUCAUGGGACGCUUUACGACUUUGGGAAUAUUUAGUUCUUCUUUUGAUUUUCUAGUCAAAAGACUUCAGGGAGUUCUAAAGGAUGGUAGGGCAUAAAACGGGUGAAAAGAAGCCAGAGGGAGGAAGAUUUUCGGGCUUGUGUGCCCUCUGCUUCAUUCUCAUACAGUAUAGGAAGAUAUUAGAAGUGUACAGUAUCAAAACUCUAGGCGAUGAUGAGUUUGAUCUUCUCAUAACUCAGAAGUUGCCAUUUUUUUCUUCUUCUCACAAUA